GGAAAGAAAGGACGCUUCGAUAUGGCACAGCGUGAUGGAGACGCAACUUUUUCGGCGGGUUGCACAAGAAAAUGUCGGUGCAACCGAGGUGGCUGUAGCGGCAAAGGCGAAAACUUUGUUUGAGCAACAGCGUGCGAACAGACAACUAGAAUUCGGCACAAAGUUCUACGAUCUUGCAUCAAGUGUGUCGUACGGCUCCAUCGAUUGGAAAAUCAAACAAGCGUCACCAGUGCAAGGAAUCGAUAGCAUCACCUCUCUGGAGACUCAAGACGUCAUCGCGUCUAACACCAUUGUUGCGAUGGCCAGAGGGGAUGCAGGCUGCGAAACGGAUACACGUGCGAACGCAGGUCACAUACAGAAUGAACAGUUACGAGCAUGUAUUCAACAAAGCACACAGAGAAGCGCAAUGGGGGAUUCCACUAUGAUACUCAAGGACGGCGACGACAUGGAGUCGGGCACAUUGACAAAGCCGCCAACGCGCGGGGUCGACGAUGGGGCAACAAUCGUUGGAUCUUUUGGGUCUCUUGUCGCGACAGUGGCGGCGAGGCAAGGCGUAUCUGAAAUGAUGGAGACCGAUGCGGGCCAGGAUGUUGAAAGCCAGACCGUGAAGGUGACGCCAGAGCAGGUGGCGGCAACAACAGAGGAGACAAAGAAAGGUGAGGGAUCUCGCGAACACAUUUCCAUAAUAGAUAUGAGAUCGGAGAGUACGGGCGAGGAUAUGAUCCAAGAUAACGACCAGAAAGAUGACCACGUUGCACCACGAGUGGCAGGUGACGACGAAGAGGACGCGCAACGACCGAGACGGUCAACGAGAGCAGUAAUUAAGAAAACUGUGUUUGAUGCGUAGGAAAGUCUUAGACGGGCAUGGGCGUUUACACGUUUCAGGUUAUAUUGAUGUGUCGCAACAAAUCAUGAUGCGAUAUUCACCGGUUCUCACAUAGGGUGUCUACGCAUUUUUUGUUAAAUUGAUAGGUUGUCGCUGGGUACUAUGUUAGAAAACUAUGUUAGACAGGAAUGGGUGUGAACGCGUUUUGGGUUAUAUUGUUGUCUUAAUGAAAGUGUUAUUGUGAC